AUCAGACGUUUAGACUCCACAGUUAUAAGAGGAUAAACAACAAAGGAUAUACUAACAGCUUUACCACCUGGCGAAGGUUCUGGUCUAUCACGUGACAUCAGUGGAAAAAAUUAGCUUGUGUGAGAAAAAUGGGAAGUCCUCACCACCCUGACACCCCUGUGAGAUCUUACAUGGACGAUCCUAACAUACAGUGGAAGACGGGGAAACCGGAUUAUAGCGCCGUAAACGAAAAAUAUCUGAAAGAGCGCACGAAACAUCAUAAACUGGAUUCGAUGGAGAAAUUCGUGGAAAACCUUGUCAAAAGUUGGGAAAUGGAGAGUACACACAAAAUAAACCCCAAGGAUUGGCAAACAGUGGACAGAGAAAACUUCACAGUUCGGGCGAAUGGCGGUUAUGUUGGCAGCCUCCAAGACAACAUAGACAUCGGUAACUACAACAUUAUGUUGAUGCAGUCUCCGUUGUUUGACGGCACGAUUCCCCGCCAGAAGUCCGUCGACCUCUUCUUUAACGCCUUUCCAGGAGGGUUUGCUUGGGAGCUCCUAGAACUCUUCUCAGGUCCACCAGUAGUAACAUUCACGUGGCGUCACUGGGCACGUUGGGAAGGAGAAUUCAUGGGAAACGAGCCAACCGGAGAAGAGAUCGAGAUGUUUGGCAGCACCGUGGCGAGAACUAACGAGGACGGAAAGAUACGAUCUGUGGAGGUGUUCUUUGAUCCGAACGUUAUGCUUGGCAAACUCAUGAAAUUUGAUAUCACGAAAGUGGAAGGGUGUCCAUUCUCAACUAAAAUGUAAUAAUAUUGAUGCAUAUAACAUCAUACAAGUGCAAGCCCAAACUGAAUAGCUAUAGAGCUUACUGAAAAAACAUGCACUGAAAUAGCGCACAUGCUCACCAAUGGUCGACAUCAAGAUGUACAGUAUUUUCGAGUGAAAAUAUCUACUUUUAGCUGUGUACUUUUGCUCCCAGAGCUUUUGGGCUGAGAAACAGUAUGAUUCUUCAUUGACGGGACAAGAUAAAGUGAAAAAUUGCUUUGUGAUUGCCAGUGGGAAAGACCUUCUUCGUUCCACAUGACGUGCAUUAAAGCAUCCCAAAAAUGACAGAGUCACUGAGUUGGUUCUGUGACAAUCUGGUUCGUCGACAAGAACGUAUCUUACUAUACUAUAGACUAUCGAGAGGGUUUAACAGCUGCUGGCAAUGAAAGUAUUUCAAUUUUCAGAACUUUUGCCUACGUUUCAAAUAACCUGAGAACGUGGUGAUCAACUUAAAGUUUCCUUGCAAUACC